AUGUCUUUUACCCUCGCACGCGCGCGCAGCGGAUCGUUCGCCUGCGUGUCGUACGCAAAAGUGCGCGUGAGUCAUCGCAAACGAUCUUCAAACCCUCGGAGACACGCGAAAACUUUCGUGAGCGGUGGAGACAUUGAUUUGGACGCCCUUCUGCCGCCGGACAUUGACGGCGAUUUAGAGAGCUUACAGCGCGAGUCCGGCGCAGUGGUCGACGACGAUGGUUUCGUGUUAAACUUCGGGGCGCGAGAGGAGGAAUUGGAGGCGAUUAAAACCGCCGUGGGUGUCAUCGACAGGAGCGACUGGGGACUCAUUCGCUCGAGCGGGCCGGGUGCGCCGCGCGCGCUCACUGCCAUCGCGGCGAAUCACGACGGCUUAGCGCUCACGCCGGCGGGAAGUGGGUUUGAAAUCAAAGUCGCUUCGACGAAUGACACCGCACAGGUGUAUUGCCAGAGCGAAGGUUUCUUGAUUGUCGUCCCACCGUCGUCCAUCGACGCCGUCGCCAACGUCCUCGAGUCCUCGCCCGAGCAAAAUUUCAUGGAAUUAAACGACCAGUGUGCGUUGCUCACCGUCGUCGGCCCACAGUGCGCAGAUGUCCUCAGCAAGACCGGUCUCGUGGAGGUCUUAACCGACGCCGUGGGUGCCCAUCGCGUCUUUGGUCUCGAAAACCGUCCCGUCGUCGCCGCGCACACGCGCGAGUUCGACGUCUCCGGCGUCAAUUUGAUCAUCGACGAGGCCAUCGCCGGUCAGGUGUGGGCUACAAUCACUCGCGCUGGGGUGAUACCGUGCGGUUCGCAAGCCUCGGAUGAGAUCUUACGCGGUCUCGGUCGCCUUCAAGGCGCGUAG